AUGACUUUUGAGCAACGAUUGCAAGAUUCACUUGAGGCAUUGCCUGGUGGUUUCAAAGUUCACGUUCACCAAGUUGCAUGUCAACCAAGCAAGCACCAACUUUAUGUCAACCGUGAACCAGCGACACACGUUCAACGACUCAUACUUGUGAGACUCGAGGACGAGAGAUUGGAUGCAUUUGUAUGUGGAUUGGAAGUGGAUGAAUAUACGCUGGAAGACAAGGAGACGAAGGAACGUGUGGUGUAUAUCGCCAAAGUGGAUACAACGGGUGCAUUUUCAAAGCAACGAGGCAACGUGACACGUCGUUUACUGGAAGCAUAUCUUGCAUCGGUUGCACCAUGUUCGGUUUACGUCUUUGCUCGAUCACAACCACAAUAUUUGUUUCAUCUAUCAGCCAACAAUCAAGAUAAACGCGUAUUGGAUGAUCGUGGCUUGAUUCGAUGGUGGCGAGGUGUAUUAACAAAAUGUCUACAGAAUGCACAAUCAUCCAAUCACGAUAACAAGAAUGGCAUUGCAUGGUGGCAUGUACCUGGUGUUGACAAUGUGAGCAUGUUGGAACGGCAAGUCAAUUGUUCUCCUGAUCCAAAUUGGAUAUACGGCUUUCCUUUCGAUCCCAAUGCACGUGCAGUCGAUGUAAUUCCUCGUUUCUCGGAUGAUGUGAAGGCACGCGUUCUCAAAGAUCAUGACGACAACGGUGAAAUGACCGUGGCUGCUCUUACACAAUUGCUCGAAUUCACUGAAGAAUGCGGAGGGAAUCAUUUUGCUGGUCUCCUUGGUAUCCAUCUACCUGCUUUUGGUGAUGUCAACGGCAACGAUGACUCUGGAUCCUCCUCCUCCUCCUCUGAGUUAUAUCAUGAUCCUGAUAUCUUCACGGUGUUUUGGAACCAUUUGAUGAAGACCUCCUUCAAGCACAGUCAAGCCGUUAUAAAAGGUACAUCCAUGUUAUGCGACAAAUGGAAAAGUCUUGGCCUCCCUAAGCCGAUCACAAUCACAACAACUGGACCUGCCAUUCAGGCAACAUCGUCAACAACAACAACAGCACCACAUGUGAACACGUUGUCUUCAAACAUGAUCAAACGCAGCACCUCUUCUGCAACACCAAUCAACACGCUCACUGUUAAACGAAAAGAUAAUACCACCACCCCUACAACUAGUCAACAACCUAUCAACACACUCACUGUGAAGCGAAAGGAUACUUCAACCACCAAGGAUCAACCUAUCAACACACUCACUGUGAAGCGAAAGGAUAAAAUCACCACCACUGAUCCACCCAUCAACACACUCACUGUGAAGCGCAACAACACUAAUACCAUCACCACGAAUCAACCUAUGAAGCGCACAAGGGAUGAGGACAACAACAAUAAGGAUUUCACAGUGCAACAAUUAUCGAUUGAAUCCUCGCAACCAGAACCAAAACGACGACGACAUGAAUCUCCAACAGCCACAUCCUCCUCCUCCACUGCAACUCAACAAGACAAUGAUCCAGAACCCCCAACUGCACGUUCAUUUUUUGGAUAUUUGAAAUCCUUCUUCAUGUAA